CAGCACCCAGAAGUGAACAGGCUGACCCGGAAGCUGUGCUGUCUGGAGGCGCAUAGAGAACAUCCAGCCUCUUCUCUGCUUUUUUAAAGCUUCUUCUGCGAGAAAAAAAAACACUCUGACAUCGAUAUAGAAGAAGGAUGGCAGAGCCUCGUUUCAAUAAUCCAUAUUUCUGGCCACCACCUCCCUCUAUGCCUGGUCAACUGGAUAACCUGGUUCUUAUCGACAAGAUCAAAGAGCAACUGAUGGCAGAAAAAAUAAGGUCUCCGCAUUUGCCGCCCACCACUGUUUCCUCUCAGCAGACUCUGCUGGUGGCCUCUCCACCUUCAGAUGGUGGGCAACAUGUGAUGUCUAUCCCCAAGCUGCAGCAGGUGCCGGGUCUUCAGUCCCACAACUCCUCUCAGCCUGACAUCGCCCUGCACGCCCGCCCAGCAUCCAGCACCAUCGCAGAGCUGAAUAUAGAUGACAAGUCUGCAGUGAAAGCAAAGGGAUUAUGGGAAGACUGGCAUAUGCGACAAGCGGUGGACCAAGCCUCCAGAGUGAACCAUCGCUCAGGUCUCAUGCUGUCAUCCCGCACAGAAAGCCACAACACCUCUGAGGCUAUAACUCCCACAACCCCGACGUCUAGCAGCCAGCACCGUUUGGGCGGCGCACCUUCCUUAAACACCAUUUCUGGCCUGGCCAGCGGUCCUGGCAUGGAGCAUGUGAAAAGUGGAGGUCUGGUGGGGAUGCUGGCACCACAGCCCAAAGCUCCACGAGGCCGCAAGAAGAUUAAAGCAGAGAACAACACAGGCCCUUUGCUGGUGGUUCCUUAUCCGCUUCUGGCCUCAGGCCCUGACCAGGCGGUUACCAUCGCCAAAGAGGGAAAAACAUACAGGUGUAAAGUGUGUCCCCUUACUUUCUUAAACAAGUCAGAGAUGCAGAUUCAUUCCAAGUCCCACACGGAGGCCAAACCCCACAAGUGCCCUCACUGUUCAAAGUCGUUCGCCAACGCCUCAUACCUAGCACAGCACUUACGUAUUCACUUAGGCAUUAAGCCCUACCACUGCUCCUAUUGUGAGAACUCCUUCCGCCAGUUAUCACAUCUCCAGCAGCACACCAGGAUUCAUACUGGUGACAGACCAUAUAAAUGUGCCCAACCAGGAUGCGAAAAGGCAUUCACACAGCUCUCAAACCUACAGUCUCACCAGAGACAACAUAACAAAGACAAGCCAUACAAGUGUCCGAACUGCUACCGCGCAUACACAGACUCAGCCUCCUUACAGAUCCAUCUCUCUGCACAUGCCAUUAAGAACGCUAAAUCAUACUGUUGCAGUAUGUGUGGUCGUGCAUACACCUCAGAGACCUACCUUAUGAAGCACAUGUCCAAACACACCGUGGUGGAGCAUCUGGUCAGCCACCAUUCCCCACAGAGAACAGAAUCUCCCAGCAUCCCCAUACGCAUUGCACUUAUUUGAGCUUCUUGCAUUAAAAGGUAUUUUGUUCACUGCGAUGGUCUUCCGUUAAAAAAAAAAAAAGAAGAAGAAGAAGAACACGAUAAGUGUUAAGAGACCUCGGAGGACAUUUGAGUCUGAUAUUGUCUUUGCCCCUUUAGCUCUUAGUGAUAUUAAACCUACAGGCCACAGGCUCAACAACUGCUGUCUGAACUGAAUGGUUCAAUUCAACUCCAGACACCAGUCUAAAAGGAUUUUAAUUGAUUAUUCCAAAAACAGAAUCAAAAACAGUAGUGAUCAUUUCAACAUUUUGUUUCAAAGGUGUGUAAGGGAGACUUCCAAAGAUACUCUUUAAGCACUUUUUCAGCUUUGUGGUUUUGGCUCAAAGUAGAACAAAUCUUUUCAGAAUAGGAGCAGCUUCUCAUUUUGGGCAGCUAUGAGAGUUUAAACUUCGUUUUAGAAAGUCAGACGGAUUUUGUUGGUUUCUGUCUCCACUUCUCCUCUUUGUCAUUUGUUUUAACAGGUUAUUGUGUAUUAUUUUGCUGUGGAUAUGACACUUCUACCACUUUAAGCUUCUAUUAUCCUUUUUUAUGGGGUAUUAGGUCAUGGUGAGAAAUGAAAAGUGAAGUCUGUGUGCCGUGGCACAGUUGCGUUUAAGUCAAUUUUGUGAAUUUUAUAAGCAUGGUCAUUGCCCUAGUAUUUUUAUACUGGUAAAGGUGAAGGAAUUCCAAGAAAUCCCCUGCUAACAUAAAAGAGUGUAAAUAAGAUGUGACACUCUCUAAAAUAAUGACUUGUGUUGUUUGCAUCAUAGAUGUUUUACUUGUUUCAGUUUUUGUGACAAGGCCUUUUUUGUGUGCAAUGCAAAUUUCAUCCCUUCCAAUCACAGUAUUUUAAGGAAAAAGUGUCCUUUUUGUCAUUUUUUUUUAAUUAAAUGGCAUAAUUGCAUGAUGAUAAUGUCCAUUAAAUGGAUUUUCGUCAUGAUGUGACAGAAGAAGUGUCACACAGGUUCAUUGUUCUUAACUAAAUCACGCAUUUGCGGUGUAGCGUGACCUCUGAACUCCGUUAAGUGUUAAUUCCCUCUAUUCUUCCCGACACAAGCAAUGCAAAAGCACCUUGAGACAUUAAUUUACACCGAUGGAAAGUGUUCAUGAGGUUGUUUUUUUUUUUUUUAAGAUUAUGAUAUAAUCUAAUAGCAGUGGCCUAUUUUGAAAUGUUUUUAUUGGUCAAAUUAGAAUUUUGUAUACCACAAUAUCAGUAAUCAUGUUUUAAGAAAAAAAAGCAAAUUUUGCGUUUGCGUUUCUGUUACACAAGUUCAUCCAGAAACUAAUAACUCUAUAAAUCUAUAAAAUUAAUUAUAAUUUUUUUUUAAUAUAUAUACAGUAUAUAUUUGCUCCGACAAGCAAACCAGCAUACAAGCUGAUUAAACAUAUUUUUAACAGUAGUGGGCAGCAGUGUAAAAUCUUCUUACUGAGUUAAAGCACACAUAGUCUUAUUGAAUUAUUCUAGCCAAAUUUGAUCAUAUGUGAUCAUACCGUAUGUAAUUUCACAGGCCACAACACUGCAGCUCUACAACAUUCAUUUAUUCUUGUUGUCAUUUAUACCAGUCAUUUGUUAAGCUUAUUGUUUUUUUGUUUUUUAUUCCUGUAUAUUUAGGAAACAUUUUUUGUUUGCAAAGGACCAUACUGUUGCUCUCAAAAUUCCCCCAAAUAUAUGUAAUGGACAUUAUAUAUACAGUUUAGCUGAUUUGAUACACAGUAAUGGUUUACUGGGCAAACAGAAUUUUUUUUCUUUAAAGGUGCUGUAUGUACGUUUUUGACUUUACUAAAGCAUAAAAAUACCAUAAUAUGUUUGCAGAUAUUUAAGAAACAUGGUAAGUUAACAUAAAUGUUUAUCUGAAAAACAGUGCUACAGUCAUUCUCUUUUCAUAAUGUGCUUUCCGGGACGGAAUCUCGGACUUUGUUUUAGUUUCUGAAACCCGCACACUGCCAGUUUACCCAAUUGUAUUUCGGCACCCCAGGUUGCCAGUUGGCAGAAAAAACAGCAUAUUUCAUUUCAUUCAUCAUCAAGUGCGCUUGUUCCUUAUGGUGCUGUCAAUCUGGCAACCUGCGUAUGCAUCAAGUAUGAGGAGGAGGGGCCUGGUGAAAAAAACCCUCUCCGAUAUUAUGAAUAUGGAGUGCAAUACCUAGUUCAACCACUCGGUGUCAAUCCUACAUACAGCACCUUUAAUAUUUGGGAAUGUCACAAUUUUAGAUAACAGCAAUUUGAUGAGGAUCUACUUCUUGGUGCUUUUUAUAAAACCUCAGCUUAUUGCCAGGAACAGAUUAUUACAUUACAGUAUAAUCCUGGCUUGUUCAGCCUCAAAUCCACUUUAAAUCAGUAAGACGUGUACAUUUACUAUAAAAUAUACCCUGUUUUCAUUGAUAGUGCAAAUUGCAAGGUUUAGAUACUGUACUUUGUUCAUUUUUGUAUCUGUUUAGUAUAUUUCAGCUUAUUAAUAUUUGUUUUUCUGUAAGUACUGAUCAUUGUUUUUAUAGGCAUCCUUGUCAUUUUUAUGUGUAUGCCUUAUUUUAUCAUUGCUGAAAGACCGGUUUCUUUCUCUUACUCCCUUCCAUGUCAGUGUUUUUCAGUAAUCUGUUUUCUUAAGCCUUUUUUCCGCAUGGAACACAGUAAUCGUUAUUAACUGUUGACAUGUAUUAUGUAAGACAUUGUUAUGUAUGUUCUGAAAUAAUUCACAUUUUCCUUCGUCUUGCAUUGUGGUUCCAUAUAAAUAUGCACAGACAAGACUGAUAGGUGAAUUAAGAAAAUAUCAAUGUCAAGAACACUUUGUAUCUCUAUCUUGUUUAUUAAAUUCAGACGGUUAUACUUGA